CAGCGGUGGAGAGGUACGGCACUCCACUCCGGCUUUCUCUGUCCGUUCGCCCUCACACCGGAACCUCCCUCCAAUGCAACUAACCGAAAAUACGAUGACUACGACAGGGAUCCUCCCUCUGCCUCCCCGCUGCCGCCGCACAAUAAUCGUUUCGUUAUUAUUAUUAUUUUUUUUAUGUUUUGGCAUACUUCGCCGUCGCCGACACCGCCACCGCGGCCGCGGCCGCCGGAGUACAACCGACGAUGGUAGUAUUAAAACGGCGGCGGCACUCGCAACAUCAGCCGAAAUCGUGCCGCGUAAGCGAUACUUUGAAAACCACUAGCACUCGCAGCUAGUACAGUGUAUAAUAGCUCCAGCUCUCUCGGCAUAGUCACAAUUGGGUCCGCGCGCGUGCCAUACACACAUACAUUCGUCAGUCGUCCCGUGUACCCUGUUAUUGGUAGCGUGCGCGUUUCCGUGCCGAUUGCAACCGAUCGAUUAAUUUUUUUUUUUUUUUUAACGACAAUUAUUUUGUGAAACACCAACCGAAAACUACCACUUCUGUUCCUCGGUGGAAACGUGUUAUUGGAGGAAAACCCGUACUGGUUCGAUGUAACAUCUUCGCGUUACAGUGAAGAGCACACGGUCGUAUUAAAUUUUGGUCCUCGGCAAUUUGUUCGUGUAUUGCUCGAAAUUAGAUGGUAAAACACAUUUGUUGAGGUCCCGUCGACGAUUUUCUGUUCAGUUGGAUAUAUUUUCCGGUUAUAUUAUGGUAAUACGCGUGGAAAACUACCAAAAUGAGGUCGGGAGGCUGAGACAACGGCGGCGGCGGCAGCAGCAGCACGUGGUGUCCGGAUCGAUAGCGACCGUAGAGAUAAGAAGUCUAGUGAAGCAAAACCAGACGGAUCUAUUGCUUUGCUGAUAAUAACGAGCCUAGAUUCAUACGGUCGUAAUAGAUCCGUCGACAGAUACGCUCGAUCAAUGAUUGAUCGAUAACAUAGUGACACCGACAACAACAUUUUGCGGCCGCAGAGAUAUUAUGCCAUUUACCCGUCAGGCGAAGCAGCCUACGGUGGUGGCUGUGUUGGUGUUUAUGUCAUUGGCCGUGUUUGCCGAAGCGAUCGUACCGACAUCGGACACAAAGGCGAAAACCGCAAGGAUUACUACCACUUCUACCGUAUCGCCGGCAGGAUUACUAAUAGGUGACAAUAUAAACAACUUCAUUACCAAUAACGAUCCUAGACCGUCAUUGGCCGUUUUGGACUUACUAGAAUCAACUAUGCAAACUUAUUACAAUCAUCAUCGGCAUCAUUACGAAGGUCAGAAUGAAAAUGAAAAAGAUAAUAAUGAUUACACGAUUGGAGUUAUUCCUAGAAAUGUAAUGGAGGAUGAAAUUUCUUCCUCUACUGGCUUCGCGCCCAAUCGUUUAAGACUGGCUUACAUGAUGGAAGGUACAACGAGAAAACUUAAAGUGCCUGAUAACGUAUACAGACGAGCUGUGGAAAUAGUGAAGGACGCCUAUGAGUUGACUAUAGCGGCAGUUAUUCGACAAGAACACGCCAACACGGGUUCUAUUGUAUCAUUCUCUCAGGGUGCAAAUAGAUACUUAGAGUUGGAGUCCAGUGGCCGUAGGGACGAAGUGAGGUUGCACUACAUCGGACGAGGAAACCAACGGAUUUACACCGAAGUGUUUCCCUAUCCGCUGGCUGACGGUUAUUGGCAUGCCGUGGCUUUAACGUUAAGUGGAACUCAAGCACGUCUUUACGUCGACUGCCGGCUCGUCUACACGCGUACAUUGCCGGGGGGGAUAGCUGACACGAGAUUUGCGUCCAUGCCCGAGCUGUACGUCGGACAGCGAAAUCAAGAACAUUCCGUUUAUAAAGGUGACUUACAAGAUGUCAGGUUGAUAAGAGGAGUAGACGGGCAUCGUGUACAGUGCCCGAAGCUGGACACAUCAUGUCCAACUUGUGGACAAUUCGCUGCACUGCAAAAUGUCGUCGAACGGAUACUCAACGAUUUUCGUCUAUUAAAUGACAAAUUUGAAGCGGCUCAAUUGGAAAUAGCACAAAUGCGAACUUGCGAAUGUCGUAAAGCUUGUGUUGCUGUAGAUAAGAAUAAUAACACCAUUGUAAAAAAUGACGGAUCCACGUGGAAAAACGGCUGUGAAACAUGUUCGUGUGUUCGUGGACAAGUGGAAUGUUCUCCGAUAACUUGUUUGCCUGUAAACUGUACAAAUCCAGUGCGCAAACCGGGAGAGUGUUGCGAUUCUUGUUUAGCAUCAUGUAAUAUUUCCCCUCAUGGAAUUGUCGAACAUGGCAAUUCUGUAAAUUUAGAUCCUUGUGUCAGUUGUGUAUGUGAUAAUGCGGUAGCAAAGUGCACAAGAACAGAAUGUCCGAAAUUAAGUUGUCACGAAUCAGAGCAAAUACCUAUACCCGAUCAGUGCUGUAAAUUUUGUCCAGAUGUUGAUUAUUGUACAAGAGGUGGGCGCGACUUGUGUCAUCCGAAUGCAACAUGCAUCAAUUUAAGAACCACGCACAAGUGCACGUGCGCCGUCGGAUACAGUGGUUCCGGCAUAGAGUGUGAUGACAUUAAUGAAUGUUCGAGUAUUGGUGGUCAAAACGGUCAUCAUUGUGAUGCAAACACGACUAUAUGCGUAAAUACACCUGGUUCGUAUACAUGUAAAUGUCGAGAAGGAUAUAUACCACUCAAUAGUUUUGAAUGUAUCGAUGUAGACGAAUGCUCUACAACUAAUCGUCCGUGUCAUCCACAUGCCUCGUGUAAAAAUACACCAGGUGGAUACGAGUGUCAAUGUGCAGAAGGUUACGAAGGCGACGGAUUUACAUGUCGUCCUAUAUGUCGACAGAAGUGUCAAAACGGCGGAAGUUGCGUCAGCCCAGAUGUUUGUCAAUGUUUGGCUGCUUUUGAUGGUCCGCUGUGUGAGCUAGAUGUGGAUGAAUGUGCGACUGGUAUUCAUAGGUGCACCGAUCCUUCAUCACAUUGUGUGAACAUGGCUGGAUGGUAUUACUGCGCAUGCAAUCCCGGUUUUCAGAGUAAACAAUUGUACCCAACUACAAUAAUCAAUGAUACAAUUAUAACCGGAUUGAGCAAUGUAGAAACUACCACGUGGUCUCCAAAUAUAGGCUCAAUGUGUCGAGAUAUCGACGAGUGUGCCACUAAUAACCAUACGUGCCAUCCAUCCACCAAAUGCGUUAACACAAUUGGAUCAUACGAAUGUCACUGUCUCGAAAAUACCUCAGAUAAAAUUAGUAAUAGUAGUCAAUAUUCAGAAUGCAAAUCAAGUUGUUUGGUAAAAAAUAUCAAUGGUAUAGUUAAAAAAGAAAUAGAUAAUGGUUCGUGGUUCUUAUCUGAAGAAUGCACCAACUGUACUUGUAAUUCUGGUCACUUGAAUUGUAAGCGUAUUGAAUGUGAUUGUUCAAAUAAAGAUCAUUCUCGAUUGAGAUGCUGCGCCGAGUGCGAUGCACAAUUAUCAUGUAGCCACCAAGAAUUACCUAAUGUGUGGUUUCGCAGUGGACAGCAAUGGAUAUACCAAUGUCAGACGUGUGAAUGCUUAAUGGGACAAGUGGAUUGUUGGCCAAUGCAAUGCCCGCCUCUACUUCCUCAAGGUGCGAAUUGCACAUUACUCACACCAACAAUUCCAACAUUUCCUGACACCAAUAAUGAUCCAAUCAUUGAUUGCUGUUCACCUCAAGUAUCUGAUUUGAUACCAUCAAGUUUAUUACUACCAGUAGCUACAGCUACCGUGGCCUUAGUGGUCGCAUCUAAUCCUUGUUUAAAACAGCACAAUGAUGAAAAAAAUAAUAGUACAUUUUCUACAGCGGGUGGUCCAUGUACUUACAAAGGUCGUGUUUAUCAAUCGGGCGAGUAUUGGGACGAUCCAGUCGAUUUGUGUACAUCUUGCAAUUGUAAGGUGCCGCCGUUCUGCGCCCAAUCGGACGGAACAUUAUGUUGCUCUUAUGAUAUGUCUCAUUGCAACCAUACAUCUGCAUCGUCACUUCAGCGACAUUCUCCAGUUGCAGUUCAUGACAAUGUUCCUUUGCGCAAUGGCAAUCCAUCUAGUGUGCGUCAAGAAACACUAAUAAACACAAAUUUUCACAAAACUCCAGUAACCGAAUCAAGGAAAGCCGUUGCCAAACGAAGCCGACGCAGUCGAAGACAGCUUUUAACUGAAAGGCGAAAUGGCGGUAUUCAAAAAGGCAUUGAAAACGAAACUAACAAUAGUGAUUACAAUUUAAAUAGUCGUCGUGCCUAUGAGACGAAUGAAAACUGGUGGUGGAAAAAAACAAGAAGACGAAAGAAAAUCAAAAGAGUAGUUUUCAUAACGAAAAGUGGCUCUUCAUAGGUGUACUCGUUUUUAACACCAUAAAUGGUCAAACGUACUGUUAGUUAUAGACAUUCUAAUAAUUUUAACGAUUUUUACUUUUUAAAACGUUAAAGAAAACUUAGUGACAAUAAUACAAAUUGUAAAACGGCAAUCGUUAUGACCCGAGAAUACAAUUUGUUGUAAAGACUGUUGUUGUAAUUUAAAGUAUAGUUAAAUUAAUCAUUUAACUCAUUAUUUAUUAGUAUUAGGUAUGAGUAAUAUUUUGUUCUUGACAAUAGUUGUAAAACUGUGACAUCGGCGGUGUGAAUUUCGGGAUGAGGGUCUAUAAGCAUAUUCAAAAUCCCAAAUUGUAAUUUUUUUCCGUACAGUCAAACCGUCUUAUUUUUAUUUUACAUCCAAAGUUUUAGAAAAUUCAACAUUUUUAAGUUUGUUAUAAAAAGUAACUAUUAGAGAAAUACAUCAAUUCAAUAAAAAAAUAACUUCAAUUCACAAUUCAAAUAUAAUUAUUUAUUUUUUAAUAAAAUAGGCACAAGUAAAACUUCUGUACAAUGUGUCUAUUACAAAAUAUGGUUAUUUUUCUUUUGCUGUUUGCUGUGAUAAUGUUAAGUAAUUAUUGAUUUAACUAGAAAUGAAUGAAUAUCUUUUAAAUUUGUAGAUACAGCUUUGUAAAUUAUUUUUUUUUAAUUUUAGUCAAUAUUAUUACUAUUGUUACGAACAAGAUUUUAGUUUUUGUAAUUUGCGCUAAAUUUAGUGAUUUAUUUGAACAAUUGUGUUUCUUAAUUUGAGUUAGAACUAAAUAUUUUUAAAUUAAAACAGUUAUUUUUAUUUAAACUAUAAUUUGUUAGAUAGUAUAUCAGUUAAGCAGGGUGUGUACUGUGUACACAACAAUAAAUAUGAUGCUAUUAAAUAUGACAAUAAAAUUAAAUAAAUAGGUAGUUAAUUAAUAGUUAUAAGUAUUAUAGAAUUAUUUGUUUUUGUAGGUAAUUUUGAUGACACUUAUAUUAUAUUUGUACUUAUUUAGUUAGAUUAAAAGCAAACAAUUGUUCAAUUGUUUAAGAAUAAAAAAUUCGUUGUCUUAUAAGACUGCUGGUCGAGUACUAUUAAACAUUAAUAACUGAACACCGCCGUCGCCAUGUCAAAAUCAUAUUUUUAUCUAAAUUAAAUAUUAAAUUGAUAGUUGACAAUAAAUUUUAAAUGAUGAUUUUAAGUUAUAUUUAAUAUAUUUAUAUACUUACUUAUUAAUGGAUACUUACUAUAGAAUAAUUUGUAAUUGUUAUAUUAGUUGUAUUAUUGUUUUUGACUUUUGUUAUAUGUGUUUUGACAACCUAACCUUGUCCUCUCUUUUACUACUCUUAUUCUUUGCAAAUUAUUAAUUUUUUAUGCUUAAAUUAAAAAGAAAACAGAAAUAAGUGUACAUUUAUCUAUUGAUUUAUAAACCAAGUUUUUUUUUUUGUUUGUAAUAUGAAGAAUUGUCUAAUUGUUCCUACUUAGUGUAUAAAGUCAU